AUGUUGUGCUUUGUGUGCAACCCACGAGUCCACCUAUCAGGUGUCACGGCAUGUCAGCUCUACUUGACCAAUUCUCGUACCAUAACCUCCGCAGUUCAACCUCGACCCCCCAUCUCACUUCGGUUUGAAUUUCAUGUCAGCAGCAUCACCAGAUUCAGCCAGCUUUCAAGAUGCCUUUCGCGCUCCAGCCCAUUGCCCAGUGGACGGCCAUUUUUGGCCCGGCUGUUUACACCGGGAAUCACACUAACUCACUCCACAACCCUCUCACUCCUCGCCACAUCUCCUGUCUUCUCUCCCCAAACAGAGGAGAAACUUCUUGCUAAGCAAUGGCAUCUCAUCUACCGCCAGGGCCCGAACUGGGUGCCUCCUAUCAUCAACUCCGCCGCGCUCUCCAAUGUCUACCUCUGGUAUAAUCACUCCCAAACUCGACUUCAGGGAGGGCUCUAUCUGCUUUCUGCUGGGAUUCUGUGGGGUGUUCUCGCAGUGACGUUUUACUACUUUGAGACGGGGAUCAACGGGGCGUGCAAAUGGCGGCUGGCUAGGUUGUUGAAGGAUGGUGAGGGAACGGGGAAGAUUGUAAUCAAGGGGAUGAAGAAGGGGUGGAUUAUUCCUAGUGUCAACGGGCAUACUGCUUCUGAGGGGAGUAAGAAAUGGGGGGAGGAGACGGGUAUGAGGGAGUUGGUGAUGGGGUGGGUGAAGAGAAAUCAGUGGCGGUGGAUUGCGGUUGGGGUUGCUGGGGGAAUCAGUGGGUGGGCUAGUUUGGGGAGGUUCAGUUGA